UCUAAGGCUUGGUUCAAGAGAAGAGCCUGACCUAUCAAUGAUAGUUUUGUAUGUUGUAUAUUUUAAAGAAGGUGUAGGAUAUCUAUUUCUAGUUGACAAUCUUACUGUAGUUUAUUCCAAUACACCGUCCAAGUUGGAUUGCAAUGACUGGGUAGCAUGAGCAUGCGUAUGAUAACAAUGCCGACAUGUGCACAAGACAAAUGUCAAGGAGUCUUAUGGUUUAAUACUAGAAGAACUUUGCCUUCUUCUGCUGCACGUUUCAAUUAGUUUUUAAACACAGCUUGCAAGACACAUCAAGUUAAGAUGACAUCUGCCACACCCCCUUCCUCCCGAAGCUGCUCCUCUCAGAAGGUGUGUCACUCUCAGACGCAGACAGACGUUCUAAAGCCCCUAUUGGGCGGCGGGGGCUCCGGCGGGGGCGGGACCUUGAGGAGGCGGAGGCGUGUUCUGUCUAAGGAUGGGCGGAGUAACGUACGCAUCGAGCACAUCAGCGGGCGGUCGGCCCUGUACAUGCGUGACCUCUGGACGACAUUCCUGGAUAUGCAGUGGCGAUGGAAGUUCUUUCUCUUCACCCUUACCUUCACAGGGACGUGGUUCCUGUUCGGGGUUCUGUGGUACCUGGUGGCAUUAGUGCAUGGAGAUCUGCUGGAGUUCGACCCGCCGUCGAACCACACCCCAUGUGUGCUGCAGAUGCAGACGCUGACUGGGGCAUUCCUGUUCUCGCUGGAGUCCCAGACCACCAUUGGCUACGGCUUCCGUUGCAUCACAGAGGAAUGUCCGGCUGCCAUCAUCCUCCUGAUCCUGCAACUCGUCAUCACCAUGGUACUGGAGAUCUUCAUCACCGGAACCUUCCUCGCCAAGGUGGCUCGGCCAAAGAAGCGAGGUGAGACGGUGAAGUUUAGCCAGCACGCCGUGGUGUCCAGUCACGAAGGCCGACCCUGCCUCAUGAUCCGAGUGGCCAACAUGCGGAAGAGCCUGCUGCUGGGGUGCCAGGUGACGGGGAAGCUGCUGCAGACGUCUCAUACCAAGGAGGGGGAGACGGUGCGUCUGGACCAGAGGAACGUUCCCUUCCAGGUGGACACGUCCAGCGACAGCCCCUUCCUCAUCCUCCCCCUCACCUUUUACCACAUCAUAGACGACAGCAGCCCGCUUAGGGCCUGGGCUGCCAAGGGUGGGGGAUGGACAGAUCCUGAGCUGGCGGACUUUGAGCUGCUGGUUAUCAUGAGUGCAACGGUAGAGCCCACCUCGGCCACCUGCCAGGUGCGCACCUCCUACCUGCCUGACGAGAUUCUGUGGGGGUAUGAGUUCCCCCCUGUGGUCUCCCUCUCCCCCUCAGGGAAGUACGUGGCCGACUUCGCCUUCUUCGACAAAGUGGCCAAGACCAAGACCACGCCCCUCUUCAAAACAUCCCGCCCACAGAGUUACCAUGGCAACGGAGGAGGAGGAGGGGUGGGGGUGGAGGGGACUGACCCGGAGAAGAUCCGAUUGGAGCAGAGCUACAGGGAGAGAGGAGAGGAAGGGAGAGGGAGGGUCAGAGACAGUAGCCCUCUCAGUGUCCGCAUCAGCAAUGUCUGAGAGCCUACACACUGAGACGCAUACACCAGACCUGGGUUCAAAUACUAUUGGAAAUAAUUUUAAAUACUUUAUCCAUGCUUGAUUGAUCUUGCCUGGCUUAAUGGAACCAAUAGAAUAGUCCGGAAACUGCAAACCCCGCCCAUCUGGCACUUCAGUAAGACUAAACAAACUCAAAAGAUAAAAAAUAGUAUUUGAACCCAGGUCUGGCAUACACUGGAUUCUAAGCAGGGUCUGUUACAGUUUACUACAAAUAUUCAAAUGAUUAAUUCAUUGCUUGUUGUUCAUUUACAUGAAAUUGGUAUGUAUAGAGAAAUAUAGAGGAGCAAAAUGUGUAAGGGCUGGGGAGGGGGAAGCCCCUGGAAAGGCGUUGAAUGUUUAGGGUGGAUCGCAAAUGGCACCCUAUUCCCUUUAUAUCCCCUAUGGGCCCUGGUCAAAAGUAGUGCACUAUAUAGGGAAUAGGGUGCCAUUUGGGAUGCGUUUUUUUUACUGAUGCUUCUCUGUCAACGAACUGGACAUUCGUCCAUAAAUACACUGUAAAAACAUACAAAUAUGUAACACUGUAGAAUGUUUUAUGAUUUUGUUAUUGGUACGUGCCAAUGUACUAUAGAAUAUGCUAGCUUAAAGCACUUUGGUGAAAUGAUAACACUAAUGUAUCAAUACAAAAAUAAUGUAGACCUGUUGUGGACUUUGACUGGAUAUGAAGAAGACAAGAGAAGAUGAUUAUAAGGUGCUGUGUAUAGUCGUCAGUAUGCAUUGUCUGCACAGAUAUACAGUGGGGAGAACAAGUAUUUGAUACACUGCCGAUUUUGCAGGUUUUCCUAAUUACAAAGCAUGUAGA